UAUCUCGUCCCGAUACGGAGUUCGAUAUUUUUUCCCGGUUCCACGCACUGAUUCCAGACUUAAAAUGUCUCCUCCGACAUAUGGCGACCUAGGCAAGAAUGCACGUGAUGUUUUUGGCAAAGGAUAUCACUUUGGUCUUAUCAAGUUAGAUGUAAAGACAAAGACCGAGUCUGGAGUCGAGUUCUCCAGCGGUGGAGUGUCUAAUCAGGAUACCGGCAAAGUUUUUGGUACUCUUGAAACUAAAUACAAAGUCAAGGAAUAUGGCCUGACCUUCACGGAGAACUGGAACACUGACAAUACUCUUGGCACAGACAUCAGCCUGGCAGACAAACUUCUUCAGGGAUUAACGCUCGGCUACAGCUGUACUUUCUCACCUCAGACUGGAAGCAAGAGUGGCAGGUUUAAGACCGCUUAUAAACAGGAGAAUGUCUCGGUAAAUGCCGACUUUGACCUAAGCCUUUCAAGUGGGCCGCUUGUUCAUGCGUCAGCAGUCGUCGGGUACCAAGGUUGGCUGGCUGGUUACCAAGCUAGCUUUGAUUCCCAGCGAAGCAAACUAUCCAAGAACAAUUUCGCUCUUGGAUUUACUGCUUCUGAUUUUGCUGUUCACACUACUGUGAAUAAUGGUCGUGAAUUCGGAGGAUCUAUUUACCAUAAGGUGAAGCCAGGUCUUGAGGGUGCGAUUAAUCUCGCUUGGAACUCUAGCGACAAUGCGACCCAGUUUGGCCUCGGCGCCAAGUACGACCUUGAUCGUACCGCUAGUGUGAGAGCCAAGUUGAACUCCCAUCUCCAAAUUGGUUUGGGAUAUCAGCAACAAUUGCGCGAUGGUGUUACUUUAACGUUGUCCUCAAACAUUGACGGAAAGAACUUUGGCUCCGGUGGGCACAAGAUUGGCUUCGCAUUAAAUCUCGAGGCUUAAGGACGGGUGCAGAACGACGAACUCUGUUUGAUUGGUAUAUGCCACGCCUGUAUUUCUCGUGUCGUUUAUGAACUACAACCGAGUAGUGCCAGCUUAUCAGAAAAAAACAAAUAUUAUCGUUAUAAUAUUGUAAUGUAGAUAGACAGUUUUAUUUGUUAAAACAGGAGCCCAGCGGUAUCAUCACGUUCAUGUUUAUUCACAUACUAUAAAUUGAACCGCAAUAACUAUCACAAGCAGGAUGACUCUUAAACAAUACAAUAUUAUUGUUCCAGUUAUGAAAAUAAACAUCUUCACUACAGAAUGUUUAAUUUAUGAUUUACCACUUCAGAUCGGUGCUUAAAUCGAACUUUGCCUAAAUGAAAAUUUAAAUUUAUUAAUUAGACGAUGUUUAAAUUUGUCGCAUCAUAAUUUACUGCCUCUGUAAUAAUAUGGACAAACACAGCUUUAGAAGUUAUGGCGUUUCAGUAAUAGCGUGUACAUAACAACGACGAUAUUUAAUUAAGUUACAAAUCUUGUAAUAAUGAAGUAUAAGAAACGAUGUUAAAAGACAGCAACUAUUAAGUAUGCCGCAGUAUUCAUAGUAAUCGUCAAUAAAAUGAAUUGAUUUAAUUCAA